AUGAAUAUCAUUAAGAAUUCUGGGAUCAAAAAUGAUAAGAUCAAAAAUAGUGAUGUAAAUUUAAUAUCGGAAGAUUAUGCGAAAAAAUUAGAAUUGAAAGGUGCGUAUUUACACGCUUUAGCUUUGCUUAUGGAUGAUAAUCUUGUUACUCAAGAAUCACCGGCAUUGAUUACACCAAGUAUGAUCAAAAUGGGAAAAGUGAUUCAUCGUUUAAUUGUUACAAUGAGUAAAGCAAAACAAGUUAAAAGUAAAAAUGGUCAGAUUUCUAACGACGAAUCUGAUAAAGAAAAGGAAAAUAUGUUACGUGUUAUCAAACGAAAAGAUUCACUUUCUGUAACUGUUUAUCCCGAAAUUUCGAUUUGUAACAUUCCCAAAAAAAGUGCGGUUAAUAAGAUUAAAAAGAAAAAUCCGUUGAAUAAAGUCGAAGACAAAAAUUCGUUGAAUAAAGUUGCAAGAUUAAAUUCAAAAGUGAAAGAAAAAAUUACGUACCUUAAUACUGAACUCCAAACGGAAAUUGUGUUUAUUGAAAUUAGUGAAAACAAUUCGUUUGAUGAAGUUGAAGAAAAAAAUUCAAAUUCUGAAGCUACGAUUAAUGUAGCGAAUAAAGAAUGGAAGAAGAGGAAGAAAGAUCAAGGUGAUAAAAAUGAGGAAGAAGAAAAAGAUGACGAUGGAAACGAAAAAGAAAUUAGUAAUAACAUAAAUUGUAUUGGACCUCAGACAAUAUGCGGUUCUACUAAGAAAAAUGCACUUUUCUUAAAAAAAUGUAAAAGUAUAGGGAUACAAGUUCAAAGUGACUUAAUGAUCCCAAAAUUCUCUUCUUCAAUUGCAUCAAAAGAAGAAUUAAGUACACUGACUGGUAUUCCUACUUUUGAAGUAUUAAAUUUACUGGAAGAAUUAGUCGUAACUGUAGGACCAAAACACAAAACAUCUUCAAGAUUUGACUUGCGAGAAAUGAUUUUGAUGACUUUUAUGAUGCUAAAGCAGAAUUUAUCUUACGCUGUAUUAGCAAUUUUUUUUAAAUGCUCUAAAGAUAUAUGUAAAGAUAUUAUUUUCGAUAUGAUAAAUAAUUUAAAUCUGUGUUUAAAACCUGUUAUCUAUUGGCCAACAAAGUAUAAUAUUUUAAAAAAUAUGCCGAAAUGUUUUAGAGGCUUCGAAAAUGUUCGCGUAGUUAUUGACUGUACAGAGGUUCGCAUCCAGAAACCUUCAAAAUUAUGUUGCCAAUUACAAACUUACUCAAAUUAUAAAAGUACRUACACUGUAAAGUUUAUGACUGGCAUGACACCAGCUGGAUUAAUUUCUUUUGUAAGCAAACCUUACGGUGGACGUAUUUCGGAUAAUAUGAUUUUUGAGCAAAGUAAUUUGUUAAAAAAAAUGGAUAAAAAAGAUGCAUUAUUAGCAAACAGAGGAUUAACUGUUGAUAAUCUUUGUAAAGAAUAUGACGUGACUUUUAUAUCACCAAUAUUUCUUGGAGAUAAAACUCAGUUCUCCAAGACAGAAUCAUUAUUAAAUCACAAUGUUGCUAAAGCGUUCGUUCAUAUCGAACGCUGUAAACAACAAUUGAAAUGUUUUAAUAUCUUAAACGACAAAAUGCCAAUGUGUCUUCUCAGUAAAGUUGAAGAAAUUUUUAAUGUUAUCUGCGGUCUAGUAAAUUUGAGUGCACCAAUACUAAAAAAUGAUGAGUUUUUUUCUUAAACUACGAGGUAGGUUCAUUUAUAAUAAGUACUUUAUUUUAUAU